AUGUUAAAGGUUUUGUCAAGGUUUUGCGAAAGAGGGUCUACGGUACGACCAAGAGUCGGAAACGCCUUGUAUAGCUUUCGCAACUUAUCAUCCAACAAAGAUAACGGGAUAGUAAAGGAGCAACCGGUGACACGAGAAUAUACAAAUCCAUUUGCACAAAAUAAGCCUUUGGCAGCGGAAAACAACCGGAUAGUUAGUGCCUCCCCAGUAAAUUUGGAUGAAAGGGAGCGUCGUUUAAAAGUCCUUCAACUGGAGGUGGACAUUGCUAAUCAAGAGGGGCGUAGAGUACCAUCUUUAGACUUCUUCAAUGAUGAGCACUGGGAGCAUGUGCUAACCCUGCCUACCAAAUCUGCCCGCAUGAAGUAUUAUGGAUUUUUGUGGCAAGUUGAAAUGAAGAAGCAAGCCAAACAACGUAAAAAGGAAGAAAAGGCAAUAGCUACCCAAGAACGUCUGGACAAACUUCGCGAAGAAAGGGAAAGCAAUGACCACAUAAUAUAUGGUUUGGGUCACGUUUCUAUGUUUUUGCGAAUUUACGAUUCUACAAUUAAUAAUUGGAUGAAUCACAGACUUAUAAGGGCAAUGCAAUUUUCCCCGAAGCUCGUUUUAGAUUGUUCGUAUGAUGAGUAUAUGACAAAGAGGGAAGCUGAAAACGCAGCAAAACAGUUGAUGCUUUGCUUCGCCGAUAAUCGGUCUCAUGACGAUCCAUUUGAUUUGCACUAUUGUAAUGUAAACCUGAAAACGCCUUGUAUGCAGAAACUGCAACGUUAUAUACCCACAAUGCUGAAUACUGAUUUCCCAAUGAACGUGCAUCAAAAAUGCUUCACUGAAAUUUUUCCCAAAGAGAAUAUAGUUUACUUGACCCCACAUUGUCGCACUGACUUGGUCGAAUAUAAUCAUGAUGAUGUGUACGUGGUGGGGGCUAUGGUUGACACGGUCAAUAAUGAGCCAUUGUCAUUGGCGAAAGCCAAGCGACUAGGAUUGCGUAUGGCUCGGCUGCCCUUGGACAAAUACUUGCAAUGGGGAGCUGGUUCUGGAAAAUCCCUCACACUUAAUCAAAUGAUCAAAAUAUUAUUAGAUUUAAAGCAGACAGGAGAUUGGAUGACGUCGUUGCGACAUGUGCCCCGUCGAAAAUUAUUAGAUACCCAGAUGGAGUAUGACCGAACUAAAAAAGACCUAAAGAAACGAGCCAAUCAGUUUUCUGUACGCCUUGAUAGUAUCAUGAAGGAUGACGGAGCUGCUAGCAAACCAAAUCUGCGCUCGCAUAAAUCCAAUAUUGAAUUUAAUUUAUCAACGUGGGGUUCCAAAAGAAAACACAACCAACGAUCAUAG